AUGUAUUCCCCCUUUUUUUUAUAUUCUUGUCAGGCAAGUACAAUAGGCACAUCCUCGGCUAAUGGAACAAGCCAAUGUGGCACAGAUGUUGGAACUGCGGCUGCAAGUACAAUUGCAACGACCAGCGUGUCGUUGAGUGAUGGCACGGAUGUAGGCAAACGGGGUCAACGUAAUUUUUACGACGGUCGCCCUGCAGGUAGUCCCGUGAAGAACACACUGUUCGAUGACAUGCGCAGAAAAUUUAAACCCAAGGUGCACGUCAAGAAUCCAGGACCUGUAAAGAAGAGGCCACAGGUUGGAACAGCGAAGAACAAGCUGAAGGAAGUUUGUCAGAAAUUGACACAUUGUAAAAUGGGGAGAAAGGCAUGGUCAAUAUUUAUAGUAGUCGCCACAGUCUUGUAUCCAGUACUGCCGUCCGUGGUACAAGCAAGUGCGAUGGCGUUGGGGGCAGCAGCAGACCCCGUUGUGAGUGUCAUCGCCAUGGGUGGAAGUCCCAUGCUGUGUGCAAUUAUAUAUUUUUGUGUGCUAGUAUGUUUCUGCUGCUCUAAAACAGGGAAAUGUUUACUGGAUAAAAUUUGGAAGAAGAAGAAGAAGAAGGAGGAAGCUCCCACAGAAACGAAAAACAACGAAGGAGAAGAAAAUAAGAAACCGGAGACACCCGGGAAGCAGAAGGUACCUGGAAAACCAGAAGUACCUAAGAAGCAGGAAGCAUCUGGGAUAUUAGAGGUACCUAAGAAACCAGAAGUACCUGAGAAGCACGAAGCACCGGGCACAGCAGGAGAAUCCGAAAAACUGGAAGCACAUAAGAAACCAGAAGUACCAAAGACACCGGACGCACCCAAAGAAGCGGAAGCACCUAAGAAAACAGAACUACCUGAGAAGCAGGGAGCAUCUGCAAAAUUAGAUGCACCUAAGAAACAGGAAGCGCCUAAGAAACAGGAAUCACCUAAGAAACCGGAAGCAGCUGAGAAGCAAAAAGCACCGGGGAAGCUGAAACUACCGUGGUCACUGAAAUUACCUAAAAAACCAUAG